UAUUUUUAUUUGGCACGUAAACGUGAAAUAAUAUUGAAGUUAUGUUCAAACGUUUUUGUAAGCCCCGUAUUCUACUGCUAGAACAAUGUAGAAACUUUUGGGGUGGACGAAAGGAACCUAAAGCUCCUCAAAUACAAUUAUUGGAAUUGCCAAACGGUGUGAGGGUGGCCUUAGAAGAAUCUUGCUCGCCGGUGGUUUGUGCAUCGCUUUACGCUCUAGCGGGAUCAAGAUUUGAAGACGAGUGCAACAACGGUGUAUCGUAUUUUAUCGAACACAUGGCUUACAAGGGAUUUAGCGAUGCGGACGAGGAUUCUAUAAUCGGAUUUCUGAAUAGUAUUGGAGCAAAAAUGACAGCGCAUACAACCAGAGAAUACCAGAGUUUCGCAGGCGUAGCGCUCGCCGAGUACGCGCCAGAAAUCAUUUGUCUUCUUUCAAGAAUAGUCAAGGAUUUACAGUUUCCUUCCAAAGAAAGUUCAGUAGAAAAAGUAAAAAUUCGAAAAGAAUUAAUAGAAAAUGAUAGUAAUCAAAGGCAACUAGUCUUCGACUAUUUACACCAAACCGCUUUCCAAGGAACCAGUUUGGCGUAUCCGGUGACACCUUCGAGUAGAAAUUUAAAGAGUUUCGACAGUAAAACCGCAGCUACGUUUAUGAAAAGAAAUUUCACUCCUAAGCGAGUAGUUUUAGCAGUGUCUGGCGGGAUUUGCUAUGACCAAAUAAGACAGAUCGCCGAAAAGAGCUUCGAUUUUAGUGACUGCAGUGAUGUGUGCGUGCUGCCAAAUGCGUGCAAACGUUACACUGGGUCGCAAAUUAUAUACAGAGACGAUACGAUGCCUCUGUUACAUGCCGCCAUAGCUGUGGAAGCACCAGGGUAUACGAGUGACGAUUAUCUGCCGAUGCUCGUCGCCAGUUGUCUCACAGACUCCUGGGAUAAGACGCAAUCAGCAGACAUAAGACACGGGUCCCCGCUGGCGCGAGCCGCAGCCACCACCCAAAUCUGCGAAAGGUUCGAAUCUUUUUACACCGCCUACAGCGACGUCGGUCUUUGGGGAGUCUACUUCGUCUGUAAAAUGCAGGACGCUGACGACAUGGUCUUCAACAUCCAAGACUGUUGGAUGAAUUUAUGUACGACUACGACAAAAAAGGAGUUGGAGAGGGCUGUCAAUACGGCGAAACUGAAGUUAGCCAAGAACGUGAAUGGAGUCGUGAAUUCUUGCCACGAUAUCGGUAGACAAAUUAUCCUCACCUCUCGUAGAACACCACUGGAGAUGUAUCAUCACGAAUUGGACUCUCUAUCAGCUGGGAAACUGAAGAAAGUCGGAUACAAGUACAUCUACGACAAAUGCCCAGUGGUGGCAGCGGUGGGACCGUCCGAAGUUCUGCCAGACUACUUGCGCAUCCGAUCUGGCAUGUAUUGGUUGAGAUUUUAA